GCUUUAGUCGUGUCCGACUCUGUGCGACCCCAUAGACGGCAGCCCACCAGGCUCCCCCGUCCCUGGGAUUCUCCAGGCAAGAACACUACAGGAAACUAAAGCGGCAGCGCGUCGGGUGGCUUCGAGGUAGACGAGUCGGAGCCCUCUGCCCGCCUCGCGAAGCACAAAAUCCCACUGAAAACAGAUCCAAAUGGAGCCCUCCUGGACCCGCUCUGGUCUUGUCUCACCUGUUUACCUAACUUGACUAGCCCCACAGUCUUCGGAAUCGGCGCCAUCCCCGUCAACAGUGACUCGAGAAUGAAAGACAGUAGGGUAUUUGAUACCGGCCAAGGGCGAAGUGCGACGGAGUAUGCAGCCAUCUUUGUCGAGGGCGGAAGCAUGCGCUUACGGAGCGCCAGAGAGUCCAUGACGGUCCCGGCGGCACCCUGGCAAGAGUUGAAGGCUCCGGGGAUAGGGCGGAGCCGCCGCUGUGGCGGGCGUUGGGCAGUGCGGGGUGGUGGGAAUCGUUAGGCUGGCUCCGGACACGGUGUCCCAUGGCCCAGGCGUCUCGCUCUGGUGGCCUUCUGCCUCCGCUGGCUACCGUGCCGCCGUUACGGGCGCAGCCCGGGGGCGCCGAGGAGGAGCAGUGGCAGCGAAAGCGGGCAGGCUCUCUCCGCGGGGACGUUCGUGGCUGGCUGGCGCUGCCGCUCGCCCGGAGCAUCCUCUGCCAGGACCCUCGGCCUGACGGGGCUCCGAAAGAGCAGCCGUGGUGGGUGGCGCCGGCGGACGCAGGAGAGCACAGUGAGGCUGGCGCUGUAGACUGUGGGCGGGAGCUGGCACCUGGCGGCCUGAUUCCUCCGGCGCUACGGCGUCUCAGGGCUGUGUUGCUGCGACUGCAGCGCGAGCGGGAGCAGCUCCUCCAAGCGCGGGAUUGCGCCCUCCACCUACAGGCGGCCGUGCGCUUCCUGAGGAUCCUGAGUCCCGGCGCUCCAUCUCCCAGCCACGGCCCCUUGCUUCAGCUGUGUCGCGACCUGCUACAGCACCUUUCCAGAGGGGCGGUCCUGCGAAGCAGGCUUCUGGAGACGCCCCACCCGCGACUCCUGGCACGCCCCGUCGGACUAGCAGCCCAGCGCUUGGAUGCUACUGUCGAGAUGCGGCUUCGAGCUCUGGGCCGGGCGCCCGCCACCCCAGCCCUGUCGUCCCAACUCGCCGACCUGCUGCUGGCACUUUCAGCGUACCACCAGCUGCAGGGGAAAGCCUUCAGCCAAGUCCCAGCAUCAGCGCGCCCAUAUCCCCCCGGCCGUGUGCUCCGCCUCCUGACAGGGGAGCGGGGUUGCCAGGCGGCAGGUUGGCUGGAUGAGGCGCUCAGGGGAUCUGGCUUGAGGGACCAGCUCCUCAGAUGGUGCAAAGAGGAGCGGGAGCUGUUGCCAGGGCUACUGGGCCUGUUGGGGGGCGUGACGGGUUCAGCCAGCAGUGAACUGGGGCUUGGAAGGGCCGGAGCCUUGUGGAGCCAGUACUGGACCCUGCUGUGGGCAGCCUGUGCCCAGAGCCUAAGUCUAGGACCCUGGAGGGACCCCAGGGCAGCGGCACAGCAACUGAGUCAGGCACUGGGUCAGGCAUCACUGCCUCAGGAGUGUGAGAAGGAGCUGGCUUCUUUGUGUCGCAACCUAAUUCAUCAGUCUCUUAUUUGGAGCUGGGAUCAAGGCUUCUGCCAGGUCUUGGGAUCUGCUAGUGGAAAUGAGAGCAGCCUUCCUUCAUCCUCUUGUACCAGCAAACUUUUACAACAGCUCUUCCCUCCUCUCUUGGAUGCCCUCCGGGAGCCCAGGUCAGGACUCCUCCUCUGCGGGCCACCAGGUCCUGCACCCCUUGCCCUGGGGCUCUGUACCCUGCAAACUACCUUGCUCUGGUUUUGGAGCAGAACUCAGCAGUAUCUGGCAGCAUGGGCCCCAGGUUCCUUCCUGCUCCUGAUCCAGAAGGACUUACCUCCUCUACUGCAGGAGGCAGAAGCUUUGUCUCGCCUGGCCUCAGAGGAAAGCUUGGCUCUGGAUGUGGAGCAGCAGCUGGGCCUGGAGAUCCGGAAGCUGACUGUGCAGAUCCAGCUCCUGCCUGAAGAGUCACUGAGUCUCUUUUUUCAAGAAUGUCAUAAACAAGCCACACAGGACUUUGAACUCCACAUGCCACGGGGUCGGUACUGGCGGCAUCGUCUGUGUCCUGAACUUCCCAGCAUUCCUAGUGAGUAUGCUGGGUUGGUGGUCCGCAGGAUACUGGAGCCUGUGUUGCAAGGACUGCACGGACUGCCACCCCAAGCCCAGGCCCCUGCCCUGAGCCAGGCGCUGAACGCCAUCCUGGGUGCUUGGCUUGACCACAUCCUCUCUCAUGGGAUCCGGUUCAGCCUGCAGGGGGCGCUGCAGCUCAGACAAGACUUUGGAGUGGUCAGGGACUUGCUGGAGGAGGAGCAGUGGGGCCUGUCCCCAGAACUUCGCCAGACUCUGUUCAUGCUCAGCAUCUUCCAGCGGCUGGAUGGGGCCCUGCUGUGUCUGUUGCAGCAGCCCCUACCCAAGACUCAAGUCCACAGGGGGCUUCCCUGUUGCUGUGCAUGUAAUGAGGUUCAGACCAUGGAAUUGCCCAGCAGCAGCCUCAACAGCCUGGAGAGCUUGGAGCCCCCUCUUCAGCCUGGAGUAUUUCCAACCCAGACAGCUCAGCUGUUAAGCACACUGUGGGGAGGAGGACCUAGCCCUGAUGCUUACCUGGUAGGAAACCAGCAGGCCUGGCUUGCUCUGAGGCAGCACCAGCAUCCUCGCUGGCACUUAUCUUUUCUUUCCUGCCUGGGAACCAGUUCUGAAUCCUAAAGACCCUCAUCAAAAGCUAGUCAGAGCUCCCCAUCUCUGUCUGAAAAAGCCCAGACAUUUAGACGUGCAUAUUUUAAAAGCUUAAUUGGGAGCUUGGAAGAAAGCAUAUCUGAGAACCACAAGCUACACAGAGCCUGGACUUGAAAAGC